CUCCAUGGCCUUUGUCUACGGAAGACUAGAGUGGUGGAGGCAGGUGGAGAGGGAGCCUUGGGCCCAGGGACCAGGUGUUGGGACAGAUUGACUUUAGGGGUAAAGAUGACAAGAAAUGGCAUUUGGAGCACAUCUGAGCUGCUAACAGGGUGGACAGCUGUACAAGGCUCCAACAGCCAUUAAAGUGGAGAACUGGGCUGGAAGAUGGGGGGGAGGCAGGAAGUAGGUGCGCACAGACUGGAGGUGGUGCUAGAGUGGGGGGUGGGGGGGACAGGCAGGGACCCUCCCCAGAGAGCAGAUCAUCAGAGUCAGACUCUAGGGGAUGCUGAGUUGAGGGGCCAGAGCAAGGAGUGGGGCCACCUCAUCACGUCAACCAUAAGCUCCGAACCAUUGCUGCUGCUUUGCACCAAAUUAAUGAAAUUAGGAAGUAACUGAAGAAAAAAUUGAGAGGAAGUAGAUGAGAGAAAACAAAAAAGGAUAAUUUAGAAGAAGAGAAGGUAGGUUGCCUCUGUACUCAGUUCAAGUCUCUGGAAGGCAGCUGGCAUUUUCUGAGCACCAGGGAGACAAGCCAGGCAGGCAGGACAUGCGGCUGCUCCCGGUUGUGAUCCUUCUCGUCGUCCAAGGCCACUUCUCCACCUGCGUGCAGAGAACGGUGAGAGGCACAGCAAUGGGCACACUGACCGUGCACUAUACUUAUGGGCGGGGUUGGGAAUCCUACAAGAAAUGGUGGUGUCGUGGGUACGAGUGGGAUUCCUGCAAAAUCCUUGUUAAAAGCACCGGGUCAGAGCAACUGGUGAAGAAGGGCCGAGCAUCCAUCCAGGACAAUCAUAGCCGGCGCAUAUUCACCGUGACAUUGGAGGAUCUCUGGUAUGACGAUGCAGACACCUACUGGUGUGGGAUUGAGAAAGCUGGCAAUGACCUGGGGUACAAAGUAUACGUGGAUGUUGACCCAGCCCCUGAUCCAACAGACUCUCCCAAGCCUGUAGUGAGAACAACGCUGCCCAGUUGGACUUCCUCUCCUCCUUUUACCCAGGGCAUCAACAGCAGCCAGCCUAUUGUUCUGAUCAACCCCCACAGCAGGUCGGGAAUCUUGGCCUUCAAUGUAGCAGCAGAGAAUCCUCCUGUGUGGAUCCUCCUGGUACCUCCUUUCCUUGCCACCCUCAAGUGGCUCUGCCAAGGAUAAAUAACUAUUACAUCGUUCAGGACUCUGGCCAAUGAUGGGUUUUCCAAUUCCAGACCAACCAGUAAGCAUAAAACCUGGAUUAAAUCAACAAGUUCCAGAGCGUGUCCACAAGGACAAAGCCCCCGAUGGGCCAGCUGCACAGAGGUCUGCCGAUUCCACCUUCUGCUGCAUCAGUGCCUCCAAGAAAGAAUUCCUUGAACGUAAAAGAUGGAAAACAGGGUUGGACCAUCGCCCGACCUGCAUCUGAUCUGUUUGCCCUGUAUAUUCCCUAUUAAAAUCUUUGGCUUUCUUGCGCUCCCUGGAAAUUAUUUUGUUUGGACAUUCUUUCAAUAUUUUAUAUGUGAGAGGACAACCCUUCCAUUCUAGAGGGCGGGAAGUGACUCUAAAUCCAAUGCUAGAAUCCGAAUGUGUCUUAGAACUGGGUGGUUGUGGGUAUAAAUUUGUUGAAACUCAUUGAAGUCACUCUUUUUCCCUCUGUAAGGAAUCAAUGUUUUGCAGGGAGGGGCUUUGAAACAAUGCAAAUAUUCCUGUCCCCUUAUCUACAUUGGUGGCCUCCAAGCACAGGGGAUUCACCCAG